AUGUACCAGGGCUUCCCCGGUGACUACGACUCCGCGUCGCGCUGCAGCUCGUCGCCCUCGGCCGAGUCGCAGUACCUGUCCUCGGUGGACUCCUUCGGGAGCCCCACGGCGGCGGCCGCCGCGCAGGAGACGGACCAGCUGGAGGAGGAGAAGGCGGAGCUGGAGUCGGAGAUCGCGGAGCUGCAGAAGGAGAAGGAGCGCCUGGAGUUCGUGCUGGUGGCCCACGCGCCGGGCUGCAAGCUGCCCUUCGAGGACGUGGCCGAGCUGGCCGCCAGCGCCGGCGUGGCGGUGCCCAGCGCCCAGGAGGUGAGCUCUAUGGGGCUGCCGGGCAAAGAGGAGCCGUUCCUGCCCAUGGUGGUGGCCUUCCAGCAGAGCCAGGCCGCCGGCGCCCAGGGCUCCUGCCCCAGCUGCUGCUUCGCGCCCGGCCCGCCGCCUAACCCCUCCUCUACGUCUCCGUUUGUGUUCACCCACCCAGAGGGAGCCUCCUGCGGAGCCUCGCACCAGCGGAGCAGCGGCAGCGACCAGUCCUCGGACUCCUUGAAUUCUCCCUCGCUCCUCGCGUUGUAAAAGCCCCCCCAGAUGCCCUCCAGUUGCUCCACGCGUCCCUCUGCCCCCCUCUUUCCGCCCCUGUCGUGUCCACCGCAAACUCGGGGGGCUGCCGCCCUGGGGAGGGGGGCGGGUUGGUUCUGCGGCCGCUGAUCCUACCUGUGGAGCGUCAGUUGGGUGGGAGCCGUGUGGCAUCUCCGUUGUCCCCUCGAGAGGGGCUCUGUGGCCCGGCUGUGGUCCUUGAGGGGUCCAGGCAUCCGCUCCAUCAUCCCAAGGGGURUCCAGCCAUCUUCCUCUUCUCCCGAGAGGUUGCCAGGCAUCCUCUUCCUCAACCUAGAGGUGUCCGUGCACCAUUUCCAUCUCCAUAAGGGUCUGAGCAUCCUCUUCCUCAUCCUYGAGGUGUCCGUGCACCAUUCCCAUCUUCCAUAAGCAUCUAGGCACCAUCUUCUUUGGCCAACAGGUGUCCAAGCACCAUUCCCAUCUUUCUGUAAGGGUUUGGACACCAUCUUCCUCAUCGUUGAGGGGUCUGUGCACCAUUCCCAUCUUUCCAUAAGRGUUUGGACACCAUCUUCCUCAUUGUUGAGGGGUCCAUGCACCAUUCCCAUCUUUCUGUAAGGGUCUGAGCAUCCUCUUCCUCAUCCUCAAGGUGUCCGUGCACUAUUCCCAUCUUUCCAUAAGGGUUUGGACACCACCUUCCUCAUCGUUGAGGGGUCUGGGCAGCAUCUCCCUUGUGCCAGCAGCUCCGUGAGGCCCCCGAUCCCCCCAAGAGGGGCUGCGUGUCCUCGUCCUUGUCCUCGAGGGCUCGUGCAGCAUCUCUGCUGCUCUCCUGGUUGGACCUCCAGCACUUUGGAGGUCCUCCUGUUCCGUUGGGGGGGGGCCAUGCAGCAUCUCCAGCAUCCUCAAGGAGGCCAUGCUGCAUCUCCAGUACGCCGAGAGGGUCCAGGCUGCCUCUCUGCCCCCCAGAAGGGCCUGGGCAUCUCUCCAUCACCCUCGUGGUGUCUCCGGCACCUUGCAGGGCUUCCCCAGCACCCUGGGGUCCAUGUAGUAUCGCUCUUGCUGUUCCGGGGGGGUCUCCAGCGCCUUGCGGGGCCUCCCUGUCACUGUGGGGUCCCUGUAGCCUCUUCAUCCUCCCAAGAGGGUCCCUGUAGUAUCUUGGUGACCCCCUCGUGGGGGCUUUGGCGCCUUGGGGGUCACCUCCCUCACCCUGGGAGCCCAUCCUAUGGGCCUGGGGUGUCCAUGCAACCUCCCCGACGUUCCGAAGGGGUCUGUGCGCGUUCUCCAUCGCUCUUGGAGUCCAGUUGACGCCUCCAGCACCUCGAGGUGUCCAUAUGACCUGAAAGGGGGGAGACACUGUUGUCACCCUGGGGGGUCCUGAGGAYGCCCCAUCACCUUGGGGGUCCCAGCACCAUCUCCACCCCUCUCCAGAGCUGCUUGCACCCCCUUGCUGUCGCCCUGGGGUGGCUCUUCCUGCCGCUCCAGGGGGUCUCCGUCACCUUGCGGGAGGUUGCAU